AUUUUUCUAAGUAGUUUGAAGAGAGCAGCUGGCAUCUGUUGAGCAGAUUUCAGGAGUUGAGCUGCCACCCUUGUUACACAGGAGGGUUCAAGGAACGCUGUUUUACUCAGAGCUGUGCUGCUCUGUUUUAUCGCCGGCUUCGCGACCAGCCAGCGCUGUGACGUGACGUCGUGCAUCAGGUUCCUGAGAGCGCGAGGCCUCUUCUGCGCCAUCUUUCACGGCAAGCAGUGCCUCUCGGUUAAACCUGGGUGAGAAUAAACCCCGGGUUUGUAUAUAAAAAUAUUAAAUAUUACUUUUUUUUUUUUUUUUUUUUUCUUUUUUCAGUCCUGGUAUUUGAGCUUCUUUCUCCUUUGUAGCGAUGUGUAUUAGAGGGCCGGGCGGGUCCUCGGCGGAGCCCUCCGUCCGCCCGUCCCUGUCCCUCCUCCAGGCACGGGGCUCCUGCUGCAGCCGCCGCCGCGCCCGUGACGUCACCGCGCGUGACGUCACCGCGGCGGCGGCGGCGGCGCCGCCAUGGAGGAGCGGGAGGCGGCGGGGCUGCUGGCGGCGGCAGAGGCGCAGGCGGCGAGGGGGCGGCUGGCGGCGGCGGAGGAGCUGUACAGCCGCUGCAUCGCCCGCUGGGCGGGGAACGUGCCCGGGCCGGGGGGCGCGGGGCCCGCCGGAACGGCCGCUCGCCCUCCGUCGCCGCGCAGCGCCCGCCGCGAUCUCGCCACGGCCCUCAACGACCGCGGCCGGGUGAGGUACCUUCGGGUGGAGUUCGCCGCCGCCAUGGAGGACUACACGGCCGCCAUCGAGUGCCUGCCCGCCUUCGAGGUGCCCUACUACAACCGGGGCCUGGUGCUCUACCGGCUGGGAUGCUUUGAUGAGGCCAUGAGAGAUUUCAGGAAAGUAUUAGAGUUAAACCCCCACUUUGAAGAUGCUGCACUGAGUCUAAAACAGACUAUUCUUGAUAAAGAAGAAAAGCAAAAGCGGGGUUAUUGAAGAUGCAGUUAGUGGUAUGAAAAUGUUUUGCUAAAUGCUUUUUUUUGUAACUGAUGGAUGACACACAACAUCAUUUACAUCUGUUACGUCGUACUGAAGAAACCUCAUUCUUGGGUAAAUAAGUUAAAAAUGGAUUAUAAUUGCAAAAUAAACUAUUUUUGGAUAUUGUUAGUGUUGAGGGAAAGCAUAAUGUUAGAUCUCUGUGAGAGGUGUAGAGAUUUUGUACAGAAGUACUUCGUAAAGACAUUGGAAGCUCAGUAACAGCAAAUGAAGUUUGUAGUUUUCUUACUGAAGCCGUUUCUGUACUCUCUCACAGAUUGUUUCAAAGUCCUCCAUGGGGAAGAAAAAUCAAACUAUAUAAAACAUUUAAAUACGUGAUAUUGGAGCUUGUGAGAAGGUCAGUGAUUUAAUAGUGGUAUUGUCCACAUUGAAAUGUAAAUUUGAGUUAAGCUAAAAGUGCAGUUGUCAAUUAUAAGGUGUUGUCUGUGAGAUGCUAUGGUAACUGAUACCUUUUACGCUUCAGAGUAUUUCUGUACUAAGAAACACUUAACAGAAACAAUGAGAUCUUUUUAGGUAACAGCCUCUGUACCUUGCAUGAGUAGUGUGCUGUAAGAAUUCAGUCCUUUGUAUGCUCAUUCACUCCUAGAGGUAGUUUUACAGUACUGGAACAGGUAGGAACAGAGCAUACCUGUUUUUUGCAAUCCAGUUGUAAAAGUAUUGGACAGGUUAAUAGCUGAAUGAAUAAAAAUGAAUAUGUACUUUUUAUCUCAUGACUGUGUGUAAAGAGCUUAUCAUAGAGAAUGUAGUUGGAUUAUCCACAGUUGGAAUUGUAGCCUUCUCAUUACUGAAAAGGUCAAUUGCUUGAAAAACACAAUGGGAAAUCUGAUUGAACAGUCUGUGGAUACCCAGGGAGCUUCAUUUCUUACAUGAUAGGAAGGACCAUUGCUGAAAUCUGUAAAUCAUUGAUAAGAAACACCCUUGCAUGUUCAUAGCAAUCUCAGUUCUAAUAAAGUAAAUACUCUUUGAUUGCCUGCA